AUGACUGGUGAUAAUGAUCCUGAGAUUUUUCAGGAGUCCAGCUGUUGUUGAUAUGUUUUAGAUAAUCAGAUCUACUGUCGUCAUUUAGAGCCGCCAUCUUUAAUCACUUCUGUUAAUUAACCUCCUCCCUUCUCUCCUCUGCUCAGCUGGUAUUCCAAACUUGGUCAUGUUCUUCUUUCUGCAGCCAAACACUCCCUAGCUUUAAACAACAUUCACACACACACACACACUCUCUCUCUCUGGCUCUCUCUCUCUUCCACACACACUCGGCUCUGUGCUCUUUCCGUUCCAGCUCGGCUCUCAGACGGCCGUCAUCAUGGCUCGCUGCUGGAGUUACUUAAGAGGACUCUCCAUCUGCGUCACCGUGCUGCUGCUGGUGUCUGGUGUGGUGAUGAUCGGUGUUGGAUUCUCGUCAAUUGAAGGAAACGUACCCGUUGCCCAGUUGUUCGCGCAGUUAUCGAUUAGCGACGGUUUAUUGGCUCUGCAGGUGUUCGGUCCGAUCACGGUGGUUCUGUCUGUUCUGGGCAUCAGUGCUGCGGUUUCAAACUACAAACCUUUGCUGCUGCUGUUUUCUGCUCUGAUUUUUGUGGAGUUCGUGGCUCUGAUGAUCGUCGCCUCUCCGUUGGUUCACGUUGAAGCCGAGGUGAACAUCGCUGUGGAGGACGUUUUCCUGAACGUCACUCCUCUUCACACAGCUGAGCACUUCAUCCAGACGGAGCUGAAGAAACUCCAGAACUCAGAUUCCUGCUGCGGUUUAAGAAGUUUUGAGGAUUGGGGGAAUCACCUCCCUGACUCCUGCUCAUGCACGCCCCCUGCUGGCCUGAGCUCUCAGACCAGUAACUCCAGCUCACUGGGAUCCUGUGUGAUGACUGGAAAAAGUCGUCAUCCUUCAGAUAAACUCUGGGUUCACGCUGAGGCCUGUGGUCCCAUCCUGAAGAGCUACCUGGGAUUCCCGAUCAAACUCCGGAUUGGAAUAAUCUCUGCCUUGGCCACCAUCGCGAUAACCGCCAUCGUUCUGUGCCUGGUUCUGGGUCUGGAGGAUCGCUUAAAGAAGCCUCCGGUUGAGAUAACGAUCGACGACUUCAACAGAGUCAAAUAUCAACCCAAACCUUCCCUCUCCUGACCUCUGACCCCUCAGCCACACAGAACGGACACUGAUGCUAACAUGUAGCCUUUAAGUGGAGCUAGCGAGAACAACACAGGAAGUGCUGUGAGGUUAUAAACCAGAAACGGGUAUCAUUCAUUUGGACUUUCUUAGUUUCCACCAUCAUGGCUUUUCAUUUUAGUUUUUCACAGAUUUAUUUGUUUAAACACAACUGAGAGCACAGGUUUGAAUUCCCAGCGUAUUUUCUCUGUAAUGCAGAUUCACUCUCCCACUAAGGUAAAGUCUCUCUGAUGGUCCAGUGGAUUCGGUUCGAUUUGGGACCAAAGUUGCAACAUUUGUUAUGUUUUCAGCUGCUGAGUUCCUCUUUACAAACCAACCAAACCUUUAGAAAAACCUGUUCCCCUCCUGGCCUGUGGGGGCGCUGCACCAAGAACCACUGAAGGAAACGACAUGAAAUCCUCUGAG